AUGCCCGAGAUGGCCGACCCAAAGGAAGAUUCCUCAAGCUCGGAUUUUAUCGAGCGGCUGCAAAACGACAAGGUUCAUGAUCGUGAUGAGAAGAAGGAGAUGAUUCGCGCUGUCCAUGUACUGUUUGCCGCUGCUGGCACGGGCAAGACUCGCCAGAUGUUUGAACUCUUGCAGCAACACUGGGGUUUCUACAUGCUAUCUCCAAACAUCGAACCAGAAAAUACUACUUCUAAUGAGCAAGAGGAAAGAGAAGGCAGCAAUAUUUUAGGUGCACAGAGGUACGCCGCGUCUAGGGAUACUUACACCAUGUUUGAGCACCAUCCUCUGAUCGACCCGAAUUGGGAUCUUCAAGAAGUCAAUGUGUUUCAGCCAAUCAUAGUUGCUCAGAAUGCCUUACUUUACGAGUUUCUACUUCGGCAUCCCUCAGCAACGCCAACCGAGUGGCUCUGGUUGCAGAUAUCAUGUGCUGCAUUUGACCCGUUUGACGCUUUAUACAGGCUCUUUCGGCUCGCCGAUACAAGCUACCUCGGAAUAGACGCUGCAACCGUUCUCGACGCAGAAAUACCCGGGUAUUUUGUGCCAAUGUGUUAUUCACUUCUCGGAGAGCGAUUUUGGAAGCCUUCUGGGCUUCCAUUAUGUUACUGUAUCGACGAGGCCCAGACGACCAUUGACAACCCCAAAGCCUCCGCAAUGUUUGGUCACUUGUACAACUCUCUGACGUAUUUUUACGUUCUAUCAAGAGAUGAACCGCUUGGUUCAAGAGUCGUCCUGGAGAAGCAGCAGUUUGAUCAGGAUGAGAGUGAUUCUACAAGCCAAGACGCACCAUGGCAGAUGGGUGACGAUAUGCCAACCAUCAACCCGCUUCUUCUGAUUUCAGGAACUUCUCUCAACCUGGAGAAGCUAAGAGAAAUGCUUGCACACUUUCUCACGGGCUCUUGGGGUGAUGAUGAGCCUCCUGUGGACUGUUGGGGAGCAUAUCUUGUCCACAACAUGUUUCCACUGGUGUCUUCUGACGAAGACUUCUGGCGCCUUUACCAGAAACAUUUGACUGAUACAAUAUCGGAAAUUUCAAGGACUCAGCGUUCAACAAAUGCGCACAGGGCGUCUCGAGUGCCCCUGUUGAGUCGAAGCGGCCGACCGCUACCUCUGCAAGACUCUGGCGACGGGCUCGAUCUUGCACAAGCUCACAAAUGGCUCCAGAAACCAUUGGACGUCGCUCCAUUACCAAAUAUGCUAAAAAUGCUUGGUCAAAUCUGUCGGCUUGUUAUGGACCAGGAACCAAGAGAAAGCCCAGGCAAAUAUGUGCAUUUGUUUGCUGAUCUGGAGGUUGCUUUAGACCAUCCGGAUUCAGAUAUGAUUGUUUCGGCCCUGGCACUUCAGCUUGUGACUGCUUCUGCUGGUGGCAAUUCUACAUCAUUGCAGCCAUUCUUCCAACAAGCAAUUCGAUUGCUAGGGGAAUCCAGAAAACUCAGUAUCGACGAGGUGUGCAGUGCGGUCUUGAAUGAAACGACCAACCUAGUGGCUUUGGAUAGCAACCUUCAUGACCUGGCGUUGGCUUUCCAUGAGCACUUGCGAAACCUGUACAUCCGGCAACUCAUAACAUCACGCAGCGUCGGUCAUCGUGGACGUUAUCGAUGGUCAACUAUCUAUAUUGAGGAAAUCAUGUUACUCUCACCAAAAUUGGCUUCUAAGAAUGCAUCCCUGGCGGAGAUUCGAGCCAUGAUAGACCAAGCAAGGAAAAAGACCAACGAAGCAGCAGUGGAGGCGCUCAAGGAACAAAUUCGAAAGAUGAAGGCAGCUGGAAAAGCGCAACUGGUCCGGGAUCUAUUCCGAGCUGGUAUUCGAGCCGAGAUCAUGAGCACACCGACGAUAUUCCAAGAUCAAAGCUACGCUGAGCUGGUCACGUAUGGAUUUGCCUUAACUGAGAGGGACGGAGAGACUAUCAAGUACACACUCGCAGAGCCCAUAGCAGUGCACGCUAUCAUGGAGUACCUCCGUACAGAAGGCGGAGAGGACUAUCACGAUCUCAUGCGGCAGUGGCUAGUUGAUACGCAAGAUGAUCAUGAAGUCCAGGCUAUGUUUGGAAAGGCUACUGAAUGGUUUGUGGCAAUGUCUCUUGACCGCAUGUUUCGAUACCAAGAGGACUAUGAGUCUACUUUGCCUGACCUGUUGAAUGGGUCUGCCCGUCGCGAGACAUUAUUGAAGAUCCUGGCCGGGUCGGCCUCACUCAAUCCACAGCAAAGCACGCCGAUAUCGAAACUCGGGUCAAUUUGGGAGUGGAUGAGGUUAUACCGGACGGAGGGUCACCACUCAGUCCCGACUUUCAUGUUCCCUGACAUCAUGGCUGGACCCGAUCUGGUCUUCAUCUUGGAGAACCGGCCAGCAAUGGGGAAAGAAGAGGAAAAGCCUCACGGAACAUUACCGCAGCCCUUCAGUCCAUCAGAAAAGAUUGUGGUAGCGGCACAAGUCAAAACCGGUCGAAGUGCCAAGUUCGAGGCUGCCAUGGAAACACUGAUUGACUCCAGCUGGCACAGCGGCACCAGGGAAAACGGCCGAGAUGAAGAACUGACUCAUUGGAAAGGCACUAAAUUUCUUCUGCUCUUGAUAUGCACCGGUAUUACAGUCACCCGGGAAAAGCUUCAUCAAUGGAUGAUGAAGAACUCGGGCCGGAUACAAGGGGGCCGCUUCUUCUGCGUUCUGGAUGAGACGGUCACGAGCGACGUAUGGGGUCAAGACUUUGUUGCCUUGGCGGACGCUAUCAAGACGAAAAAGGUUGAGACGCGAGGUGGAGUGACAGCGCAGAGGCAGGGGGGUAAUAGGGGCAACAGGAGCCACGGUAAUGGAAAUCCGUCCGAGAGUCAACUACCGAACCGGUCUAAAAAGCGUCCCCGGAACAUUUGA